AGUACGCAAUUGGACCCUGAACUCGAGAGAUCCUGCCGACUGUCUGACCAAUAAGGCUGCUCUUCUGGAAAGAGACGCUUCUUUUAGGCUCUUUUUUCACAAACAAGACAAAACCUGGAACCACAAAAACAAGGAGGACAGAUAUCCCACUUAAAGGAUGCAGGACGGGAGUUGGAACCAGCCACUCCCCAUCUCUCUGCUGCUGAAGGACCCGGCAGGAGGCGGGACUUUGGAGUGCGAUGGCGGGGUGUUUUCCGAGGCGUCCUCUGAUGGGGAACUGUACCUUGACUCAGUCACAGAGCUGGAUUCUGGAGACGGGGACUUUGCAGAUCUCACUGCCUUCUUGAACGCAGAUGAGAUCAACAUUAGCCUGGACCUGGCCCGGGAGGCCUUUGGAGACCCAUUUGAAUCUGUAGAUCCCGGCCCCUCUAAUCCUAAACCUCAGGAGCAGGCUCUCCAACAUUUUCCCUCGUUUCCUGUGGCCCCCCAGACUACUCCAAACCUCAGUAAAAACCAAAACCUGCAGCACCAGACCAAAGCCCCCUGCCCGGAUGAAACUGCAGCAGUCAGUGUCUCCUCGAGCCAGAUUGCGCCCCUCAGCAAACCCCUACAGGUGUGCAGUGAGGCGCCGUCCUCCACUGAGAAGGUGGUCUGCCACAAACCGCUCCAUCCAGUUUAUAAGCAGGACAAACCCAGACUACUUCAUGAAGGCCUGGAGCUGACCGAUCGGGCAGCAUCGGCCUCAGAGUUCUGCAGCAGAGCGGCCACAUUCAUCGAGGAGCUGUCCUCCAUCUUUAAAGGUGCUGCACAGGUAGAGCCCCUCGUAGAGGAGGACUCCUCCUCUCCUGAUAGUGGCUAUCUGACUCCAAGGAGCCGGCGACCGGCCCCGCAGGUCUCGGUGUCUGCGCCGCCUCUGCCUCCCAGCCAGCAGGAGGAGACGCAUCAAAGCCACCCAGCAGUGAACCAGGAGCCCUCGCCCGGAGGCCUGACGGGGGCGACAGCUCCUGAAGGGUACUCUGGAGGUCCGACCAGAGAUGGGUCGCUGUCUCCUCCCUGUUUCCUGCAUAAGCUGAAGAGCCAAGAGGUGGCAGAAGGAAGCCCCAUCCGUCUGGAGUGUAGAGUCAGAGGAAACCCACAGCCACUCGUCAGGUGGUUCUGUGAAGGCAGAGAGCUCCACACCUCUCCUGACAUACAGAUCUGGAGGGAUGGUGACCUGCACACUCUGGUGAUCACUGAAGCUUUCGAGGACGACACAGGACGUUACACCUGCGUGGCUUCCAACAGUCUGGGAGCAGAUAACACCUCUGCUGAGGUUUACAUCGAAGGAGCUUCGUCAUCAGACUCGGAAGGGGAAGGAGCCGCGUCAAAGUCCAGAUCCGGAAACAUGCCUCAAGUUCAGAAGAAGAUGACUUCAAUGUCCCUGACAAUACGCUCAUCAUCACCCAAAACCACAGAGGUCCUUCCUCUCCGCUCCACCCUGGUCCAGUCCCUGUCUCAGCCCCCGCAGCGGAUGCAAAGCCCUUUGUCACUGUCACUGUGUGGUGGUGAGGUGUCAGGUCCGCCGUUAUUCACUAAGCUGUUGCAGGAUGCCCAUGCAUCUGAGGGCCAGGUGGUGGUUCUGGAGUGCAGGGUCAGAGGAAGCCCUCCUCUCCAGGUCAGAUGGUACCGCCAAGGAGAGGAGAUCCUGGAUUCUCCUGAUUUUCGGAUUCUUCAGAAAAAGCCCCGAUCUGCGGCUGAACCAGAGGAGAUAUGUACCCUGGUGAUAGCCGAGGCCUUUCCAGAGGAUGGAGGCCUGUUCUGCUGCUCAGCCUCCAACCCGUACGGCUCUUUGAAGAGCACAGCCCAACUCACCGUCACUGCAGCAUCUGAGGACUCAUCCAGUAAUGGGAUGUCUGGAGAUAGCUCAGGGUUUGAGGAUGCAGCAGCCUUCCCCCCACCUCCCCCACCCACAGAAAUCAGCCUCCUGGAGCUGCCACCCAGGACGCUGCCUCCUAACAGGAAUGAGUCUUUCCAAAUCAGGGAGCUGGAGAUCUGGCCCAGUGUUUCCACCGUGCCUCCAGUGCAGAUGAGCUCAGAGGGUGAGGAUAAAGGAAAGGGAUCCACACAGAAUGGCCAACCCACAUAUCCACCGGCUCCACCAAGUCCACCCAAGGCAUCUACCCCACCUCCUCCCCCACCUCCACCCCCUCCUCCCCCUCUACCACAGUUUGACCCAAUGACAGAUGUCCCAGUCCAAGUCCAAAGUCCAGUCAAGGUGUCACCAGACGCACCUCCAUCCCCAGGCAAGCUGUCUCCACCCCCUGGGAAAGAAGGACCCCCACUGCCUACCAAGCCUAAACCGAGGCUAGCUGUGGGUAUAGAGGAGGAGACAGAAAAUUACAGGAACGCCUCCCAGCUGAAGCAGCUGCAGGACCAGAUUCUAUUGGAGCAGCAGGAAGCGGCUAACUGGCAGCAGCAACUAGACCAGCAGAACCAGGAAGCCCCGCCUCCUCCUCAGCAACCGCCUCAGGAAGAGCUUCCACCUGCUCCCCCGUCUCCACCUCUCCCCCCUCCUCCUUCCUUCCAGGAGCUGGAAAGCAACACGACCAUGCAGGCCAGCACCUUCAACUACGCCCGGCCCAAGCAGUUCAUCGCCGCUCAAAGCCCCGGCAUCGGAUCCGGCUACAUCACCCAGUCCUCUGGCUCCUCAGGGUCCAGCCUGUCCUCCCCUCUGUCUCCCCCCGCCUCCCACAAGUCCUUCAGCAGGGUCCCCAUGCCCCCCUUCACCAAGGCUGGAAGUGUGGAGUCUCCCAGCUCCCCUUCAUUCCCGCCUCCUCCUCCACCCUUCCUCAGCUCCAGUAACCUGCCCUCUCCAUCGGGCCCAGCUCAAGACUUCCCUCCCCCUCCCCCUCCUCCCCCUCUGCCCGUCUCCAUGUCUCCAGCGUACUCGGAUAUGUCCUCGCCCUUCUCCUCUGUCCCUCCAUCUCCCGCCUCCAGCUUCCUGUCCUCAGUGCUGCCCUCCACACCCUCCUCACCUGGCAGUCCCAUAGUCAACGCCCUCGGCCUCCCUAAAGGCAACGGGACUGUCAAAGCGUUCCCCAAGAAGUCCUCGGUCACCAGGACGCCUCGCAUCUCAUCUGACUCCGACAUCCAGGGGUCCAAGGACGCCGUCAUCCAGGACUUAGAGAGAAAGUUGCGCUUCAAAGAAGAGCGCAUGAGCAAUGGUCAACAGAGGUUAACCUAUGAGGAGAAGAUGGCUCGCAGACUGCUGGGUGCUGACAACGCCGCCACAGUCUUAAACACACAGGAGACAGAGGAGGAGCCGGUCACACAGGAAUACAUGCCGUCUGAAAGACAAUCUUUCCCUCAAAAGGAAUAUAAAGUUUCCAGCUUCGAGCAGCGACUGAUCAGUGAGAUUGAAUUCCGUCUGGAGCGCUCUCCAGUGGAGGAAUCGGACGAUGACGUUCAGUACGAUGAAGACUCUGUCGGCCGCGGGGUGGCGCCGUCCUUCGACCAGAAGCUCAAACACUACAAAGUCUUCGAGGGAAUGCCGGUCACCUUCUCCUGCAAGGUCCACGGGGAGCCCAAGCCAAAGGUGUACUGGUUUAAAGACGGUAAGCAAAUCUCUAAGAGGAGCGAGCACUACAGGAUCAGUCGAGACGCUGAUGGAACCUGCUUUCUGCACACUGCUGCUGCCUCGUUGGAUGAUGACGGCAACUACACCAUCAUGGCAGGCAACCCUGAGGGCAGGGUGAGCUGCACCGGCAGGAUGAUGGUCCAGGCUGUGAACCAGCGAGGCCGAAGCCAACGCUCUGCCCCUGGACACAUGCGCAGGCCCAGAUCCAGAUCUAGAGACAGUGGUGACGAGAACGAUAACAUCCAGGAGCGUCACUUCCGCCCUCACUUCCUGCAGGCGCCCGGUGACCUCAUCGUUCAGGAGGGACGACUGUGCCGGAUGGACUGCAAGGUGAGCGGCCUGCCCACUCCUGAUCUCAUCUGGCAGCUGAAUGGACAGACCAUUCGCCCAGACUCCGCCCACAAGAUGCUGGUGAGGGAAAACGGUGUGCACUCAUUGGUCAUUGAGCCUGUGACCAGCCGUGACGCAGGCAUUUACACCUGUAUCGCAAGCAACCGAGCCGGGCAGAACUCCUUCAACCUGGAACUCAUUGUUGCAGCCAAAGAGAUGCACAAAGCCCCUUCAUUUGUGGAGAAGCUGCAGAACACAAGUGUGGCCGAGGGUCAUCCAGUACGACUUGAGUGUCGGGUCACAGGUGUUCCCUAUCCCCAAAUCUUCUGGAAAAGGGAGAAUGAGUCGUUCACUCACAACACAGAUAGAGUCAGCAUGCACCAGGACAACUGUGGCUACCUGUGUAUGAUCAUCCAGCCGGCCAUGAAAGAAGACGCCGGCUGGUACACAGUGUCAGCCAAGAAUGACGCAGGCAUCGUGUCCAGCACCGCACGCCUCGAUGUCCACACUCAGUGGCAGCAGCCCAACCUCCCAAAGCCCAAGAAGGUGCGUCCCUCCACCAGCCGCUACGCCGCCCUGACAGAGAGAGGCCUGGACGUGAAGGCGGCCUUUUUCCCAGACUCCAGCCCGCUGCCCGGCGGCCUGGUGGAAAGUGACGACCUGUAGAGACCACAAGAUGGCACAAGUUGGGAUGCUGUCCCCGCAGAAAACGCCUGAAUGCUGCCCAACAACUCCAGCACUCCUGAGACAAAAAAUAACAUCAAACUAAAGGACUCAGAACUUAAGGGUGGGCAAAAGUGAGCCGGUGCAGCCGUGGUUUUCAUAUGUUUUUAUCCUCUGACACAACCCAUUAUAUCACAGAAUCAUCAUCAAGUUGUUUCUGCAAGCUUCAUUUUAUCAACUGGACCUGAGAAGUGAUUGACGAGGGAAGACUGCUCGAAAAAUACAAACUCUCAUGAGACUCUGUUUUGCAAAGGGUUGUCUCUAAGUGCCUUUCAUGUCUGUAAAGAUUUCAAGAAAACAGGUUUAGCAAUAAAACAUAAAAAUUACUUUGCAUGUUUAAGUGGUGCCAUUUGAAAUACACAGAUUAAAGCUGUAUCUAUAUGUAGAAACUUGUUCCAGCAACUUUUAAAGGAGACUGAAUGACUGAAAGCAUGGUGGCUUUGACGAAGGAGAACACACACUUGUGUCAUGAUGUCGGCUUGUUUAGCACAGUGCUGAUAUCUACAGUAUCUGACUGUAGUUGUCAUAGGUUAGCUGACAGAUAAGGAAAAGGCCGGGCCUUCAGUUAAGUGUUUUUAAGUGUUAAGUUUUUUUUUUUAAAGGAAAAGAAACAGGAAUAGAUUUUGUGGGGGAUGAAGAGGUUGAAAGGAUUGGUUUUUUUUUUUCUACCUGGGCCUUUAUUACAUAUUUUGGCUUCUAAAUGACAGACUCAUUUGUAUUGCUCCUUUAUAUUUUGUAUGUAUUAGAAAGUUAGACCCAAAAUAUGCAAUAACAGAGGCCCAGUUUGAGAAAUUUCAAUUUCCCUUUAAGGAAAGUCCGAUCAAUCUGACACAGGGAGGUGAAGUGACAGAGAAAAGCAGGUUUUUUUGUGAUGGCUUGACUUAAAGGUUGGUGAGGAAACACUUAAUUUAGGGAUGUGAGUGUCUGUGGCAGUGGUGAGGAUGACAGUUUCAAUAACCUUGGUGAUGUUGGGUCAUUUUCGCAUUUUUUUUUUUCUUUUCUGUGACGGUUUUAUUUUGAAAGUUUGAAUAGAAAUGUUCUCACUGGAGAGAGAGGGUGCUGUGAAAGGUUUCAGUGUUGUAAUCACACAGACGUCACAGAUUUGUCCAUUUUAUUUUUGUAUGAAAGAAAAGACUCAGCAAUCAUGACAUAAAUUAUAUAACAGCAACCAUUUGUCUCACUGAUAAAACAAUCGUCUCUGUAUUAAGCUUCAUAAAUAUAUUCACAGCCUUAAUCCUCUUUAGGUUCAAUGCAAACACAGUUUUCUUUGCAUGUUAUUUUUGGACACUUGUACAGUGCCAAACAGGAUGUAUAAAACACAACAUGACUCUUUCUUUAAGCCAGUGAAAAGUUAAAAAAACAAGGUAUAUUUAUAUCUAACAUUUUCAUCACCUUUGUAACAGUAUACAGAAUGGACAUCUUUCUCUUGUCUCGCAUCGGCUGACAGUUUCUGUGUUUGCACAUUUCUAUGCCAAUCAAUGCCUGUAUAUGGAUUGUUCUCCUGAUAUUAUUUUAGGUUAUGAAAGUUAAUAAAGCUCUUCAGAGACA